GUUUUGCAGUUAUAUAAAAUUAUGUGUGUGCUUGUUAUAUUUCCUUCUAUGAUUUCAAAUGUUUUCUUAUCAUUUACAAAGAUUACUCCACAUUCUUUUUAUACUUGAACUAACCGACUUAAUUGGUGUAGACGAAACAAAAGCCGAUAAAAACUAAAGUUUCAAAAAAAGUUGCCUCACUAGCUUACCAGGUAAGGGCCGAAAUUACCUGGAUACUUAUAUAGUUAAAACGGCUUGCAACAACUCCUCGCAAGUUUUUUAUAAUAUACAGUAAAAAAUUGUAAAAGGAAACAAAAAUAAAUUUUCAUUUUGAUGUUUUGGUUUUGGUUUCGAUUACAAAAGAUAUUUUCAUUAAAGUUUGAUUUGCUGUUUAAUCUGUAACUUAUCAAAAUCUGUGACUUAAACAAAAGCGAUUGCAUUAAAAUUUGUGGUAAGCUAUAAAUCAAAUUUCUAUAGCUUUCUACUGACUAUCAUUAGCAUAAAUUUGCAUUAAUAAUAAUGUCGGGACCAUUUUUGGAAGAUUCGUUUUGUCAAUUCUUUCAAUGUUCAAGGAUUGAUGAUGAUUCCAACUCUAGUAAAAAGACACCUGUUAAAAAUGAUGAAAACCAGUUUGGUGGAUUUGAUGAAAAGUUUGUUGAUCCGCUCCCAGAUGGUUUUGUUUGUCCAAUAUGUUUCUUGGCAUUACGUCAACCCAUUCAGACAAAAGACUGUGGCCAUCGUUUCUGUUUGUCGUGUUUCAAUCUUCUCAAAAGAAACAAAGAAGACUUUUUGUGUCCUCUUGACAGACAAAUAAUUAAUAUGGAAAAGGUUUUUAAUGAUAAAGCAACAGAAAGAGUAAUACUAUCAUUACCAAUAAACUGUCGCAAUUUUAAAAAUAAAUGUGACUGGGUUGGCAGCAUCGCAUCUAUUGAUAACCAUCUAAAACACUGCGUCUUUUCUGAAACUUUAUGCCCUAAUACUAAAUGCCAAGCAGAAUUAACGCACAAGGAUCUUCCACAUCAUUUAGAGUUUUACUGCAAAUUUCGAAAAAUCGAAUGUCAAUACUGUUCUGCAAAAUAUCCUCAUAACAAUAUUCAGGACCACUGGAACGAGUGUCCCAACAAGCCAAUUGAAUGCCUUAAUAAUUGCGGGGAAAUAAAUCUUAUGCGUAAAAUGAUGGCUCAGCAUCUUGCAAACAAUUGCUCGUUAAGUAUUCAGCGGUGUGAAUAUUACAAAAUUGGUUGCAUAUACAAGGGUACAAAAGCUCAACGAGAAACUCACAUAGAAUCUUCUAUGAACUUUCAUCUUUUAUUAGCAAUCAACAAAAUUAACAGCUUAAAUGAGAUAAUCAAUAAUAAAGAGGAAAAGCUAAUCAGCUUAGAAAACAAAUUUGCAAGUUUGAAACAAACAGAGUUAAACGAGACGUUUAUAAAAACUGCAGAAGAAAAGUUGAACAAGUUGGAAUCUGAUAUUAAUAAUGUUAACAAUAAAAUCAACUUGAUUGAAAAACAACCAAUGAACAACCGAUAUAUGUGGUUAUUAAAUGAUAUAGAUAAAAUAAACUCUAAAGAAACAAAAAAAUUAAAGGGCCACAGCAUUUGUAGCAGUCCCUUUUAUUCUGCUCCUUAUUCAUACAAGUUUUUUUUAGAAAUUUACUUGAACGGUUUCGGUGAACAUAAAGGGACACAUUCUUCUAUUUACCUUAAUAUUAUAAAAGGUGAAUACGAUAACCUGCUGGAGUGGCCUUUAACAAAAAAAAUUAAAGUUUCUCUACUCGAUCAAAGUGCGAACAGAAAACACAAGAACUUUUAUAUCGAUCCUAAAAAAAGCAGUCCUGAAUACUUUAACAAACCAACCUUACAGCCUAAAAGAAUUGGAUGUUUAAUGCCCAUCAUAACUUUUCCUUGUCCAGGUUUUAUUAUGAAUAAUACAUUAAUGAUAGAAUGCGAAAUUGAAGACUGAAACAUAAACUUAUAAAACGUUUUACGUCUAGUUUGUAAUCAUGAAUGCUAAAGCUAGAAAGUCGCUACUAAACAGAUGUAUCUUCAAUCCUCAUGAUAUACAUAUUACGUUUAAUUUACCUAUAGUGAACUAUUUUAUUUUUUGUUUUGUUUUUUCUGCUUAUUUUUUUAUUUAGAUUAUAUUGUAAAUUUU